AUGAUGAAAAAAAAACUAAAAGGUGGAGCUGAAAAGCUUCGUUUAAAAAAAAUGAUCAAUUUCAAAGCUGUUGCCAAUGACCCAAAACAAAAAAAAAUUGAAUUUGGAUUGGAUCGCUCUAACAAAGUAUUCGUAGAAUAUUAUUUGUAUUCUAAAUAUUUAGAUGAUUGUUCAACACAACAAAAACAACAAAGUUGCUCAGUUAAAACUGUAGAAAACAAUCCUUCGAUGUAUUCAACUGCUAAAAAUCAAACCGAGCAAAGUAGUGUAUCCUGUUCGUUUUCGUUACCUGAGGUUGAGGAACAUAUUGCUGCAGAAAAAAUAUAUUCAUUUGUGAUUCCCAAAAAAAGUUCUAUUAAUCAAAAAAUGGAUUUUAUGAAACAACAUCCUUGUCAACCAACUGUACUGCAUAAUGUUUCAUGGUCUCUUUUCAAACUUUUUAAUAGAGAAGAUCAGAGAGGUAAACCCAUUUUGCGAAAAUGGUUGACAUUACAAUGUGUUAAAAAUAAUGAGGUUAAAGCCUUGUAUUGCAGUAUAUGUAUUGCUUUCUCUACAUCAUCAACCAAUUUUUCUACUGGCUGCACAAAUUUCAGAAAUAUUUAUGCAGCUGUAGAAUCUCAUGAAAUUAGCAAAGUACAUAUUUGUGCUGUUGAAAGUUAUGUCAAAGCUUCAAGUAAUGAUAGUAUUGAAUAUUUGAUCAACCGUAAUGUGAUGAAUAUGAAAAAAAAACAAGUCGAAGAAAGAAUUCAUGUAUUAAAACAAGUAUUUGAAAUAAUAAAAUUUUUGGGUAAGCAAAAUUUGCCUUAUCGUGGAACUGGUGACACAGAAGGGCUGUACAAGAUGAAUGAUGUUAAUAUCAAUAGAGGUAAUUUUUUGGAGCUUUUGAAAUUUACUGCUGAAAGAGAUGCAAUUUUAAGACAAUAUUUAGACAAUGCUAUAUUGUCAAGUAAAAAACGAAAAUUAAAUAUGGAUCAACGGCAAAAAAAUUCUAAGGGAAGAGGAUCAUUAGUUACACUUGUAUCCAAAACUACUGUUAAUAAAGUAAUUGAAGGUAUACUAGAAACUAUGAGGAAACAUAUUCGUGAAGAAAUGGGUGAUCAGCAUUUUAGUAUACAAUUUGACAGUACUCAAGAUAUUGGAGCUACGGACCAAGCCACUAUCUGCCUUCGCUACUUAAAUAAUACAGAUAUUAAAGAGCGCCUUUUUGCCGUCAUUAAAGUAGAAGAUUCAGCAGGUAAAAGUUUAUAUGAACUAUUAAAAACUUGCUUUGACAAACAUAAUAUAAAUUUUAAAAAUGUCAUUGGUGAAUCUUUUGACGGUGCUUCUAACAUGAGAGGAGAGUUUAACGGUUUGCAGUAUUUUAUUAAGCAACAAAACGAAAACAGUAUUUAUGUUUGGUGCUAUGCCCAUAUUCUAAAUUUGUGUAUUUGUGAUACCUGUGACAAUUUAGCAGCCAAGAAUUUAUUUGGGUUCUUGAAUCGCUUGAGUACAUUCUUUUCUGAUUCUUAUAAACGAAUGGACAUUUGGAAGAAAAAUCAAGAAAAUUUAGGUGUUGGAGUAAAAAAACUUAGAAAGCUACAAAAAAUCGGGGAAACAAGGUGGUGGUCCAGAGAAAAAGCACUUAAAUGGGUUUUCGACGGAGAAGAUUGCUUAUACCCAACUAUUGUCAGUGCUUUAGAUUUUAUUUGUUCGUCAAAAAAAUUUGAUCAAAAAUCCAUAUAUGAAGCAACUUCAUUAAAAAAUAAAUUGUGUGAAUUCCAAGUUAUUUUAACAGCCCAUUUAUUUAUUAAAGUUUUUGAUUCAGCCGGACCAACAUCAUCAUAUUUGCAGUCCAGUAAUUUAGAUCUUUUGGCUGGUUGGUUAAUGGUAGAAAAUACAAUUGAUGAAAUUGGAAAAAUAAAUUUUGAUACAAUUGUCGUUGAAGCAGAGAAAUUCUCACAAAAUAUGAAUGAUAAAUUUACAAAUUUUGAAUUGAAUGAUAGUAUAGUUGUGGAAGAUAAAUUACCAUUAAUACGUUCUAGACAUAAGAAGCGCAAUUAUGAUGAAAUGUGUUCAGAUGAACAUAUUAUAAAUCCUAUUGAUAAGUUUAGAGUAGAAGUUUUUCAAUGCACUAUUGAUCAAUUGAGAAGCAGUUUUAUUCAAAGAUUUUCAAGCAAUAGAGAAAUUAUAGCAGAUAUUCAGUAUUUAUUACCAAAAAAUUUUCAAUAUGCAAAGGAUAACAGUCUACCAGAAUCAGCAUUAAAAAUUUUAUCAAAAUUAUCAUCAAUAAACCAUCAGAAAUUAGUGUCUGAAUUGAACCAUUUCUCAAAAAUAUAUGAUAACAUUGCAAAGCCUCUGAAUUCAAAUACUUCAAAAAUGUAUAAUGAUGAUGAUGAUGAUAUGUUUCAAGAUAAUGAAGAAUUUUUUCUAGACUGGGAUAAAAAUGAUGAAAUGAAUUUAGAAGUUAAAGGGUGUGAAAAAUCAAAAACUUCCAAUAAUAAUCAUAAUACAAAAUCAUGCUUAAUAUGUCUACAAAAAUUAAUAUACCAAUUAAAUAUGCAUUCACCUGCAUAUUGUAAUUUUUAUGCUGCAGUUGAAUUUGUUUUAACACUCUCUGUUACACAGGUUAAUUGUGAAAGAGCAUUCAGUAAGCUUAAAAUAAUUAAAAAUCGUUUACGCUCUUCAUUAAAUCAAGACCAUCUUGAAGCAUUCAUGCUUAUGUCAAUAGAAAAAGAUAUAUUAGAUGCUAUUGACUUCAAAGAAAUACUAAAUAUACUAAAAAAUUCUUCAUCAUUGAUGAACCAGAUGUUAUCGUUGUAAAAACCAA